CUCUCCUCACCUCACCCACACCACAAAACAGCACCAUGGGCCACGUCGACCCCCACACCAUCAAAAUCAUCCCCGCCGCCGCUAAGCGCUUCAUGGGCGCCAAGCGCUACGCCGUCGUCGGCCGUGUGCUCCAGGACCCGGCAAAGUUCGACAACAAGCUCAUCAAGUGGUACCAGGAGCGCAAGAUGGAUGUGACGCCCGUGCGUCCGGCCUCGGACCGCUUCGACAACUCGAAGCCCGUCGAGGGCCUGAAGGUUGUUGAGUCGCCCACCGCGCUCCCCGACCUCACCAACACGUCGAUCUCGAUGAUCAUCUCGCCCAAGCUCGGCUACGAGUACCUGCAGAAGCUUUACGCCGACCCGGCCAAGAAGCCGCACAGCAUCUGGUUCCAGCCCGGCGCGGAGAACGACGAGAUCGAGGCCUUCAUUAAGAAGCACAACCUCUCCGAGGAGAUUGUUAUUGGCGGGCCCU